AUGAGCCAUAGUUUUUUUAACUCAUAGUUUUUAAUCGAUAUUAUGGAAUAAGAUAAUGACUGCCAUUCUUAGAAGUUUGCAGCUUUCAUGCAAAUUUUAUAUUGCGCUGCAAAAUAAAAAUGUUGACUUAGCUGAAUUAUUGAUUAAUCAGGGUGUAGAUGUUGAUUACAGAUAUCGUAUUGGGAACCUUGAAAAACCUGCCAUUUGCAUUGCAGCUCAAAAUUGUGAUUAUACCAUGUGUUCAUUAUUGAUAAUGAAUGGUUGCAGCAUCAAUCAAAUUGAUAGUGAAGGCAUGGUCCCACUUUUUUAUGCAUGCAAGAAUGGUGAUUUAAAUUUAGUCAAACUUUUUAUAGUCAAUGGUGCAAAUUUACAGAUACUAGAUAUGCAGCAAAAAUCAUGUCUUCAUUUUGCUAUUCAAGGCACAAAUAUAGAUAUAAUCAAACUAUUGAUUGAUCACGGCGUGUGUGUCAAUUGCAAGGACAAUAUUGGGAAUACUCCCCUAAAUUUAGCAUUUUUGGCCACCCUCUCUCAGAUGAAUCAAAAAUCUAGUAUUUUAAAAGACACAACUGUAAAAUAUUUGCCCAUAAUAUUGCAAUUAAUAAAUUCUGGCUCGUUAAUGAUGACAUGCAACGCUCAAGGUUUCACGCCGCUAUACUAUUGUCACGCCCUGGAGCCAAAAUGGUUUUUAUCCACAUUAUUAGCCUACUUCUCUAAAAGCGUCAACCCUACACCCAAUCUAACAUGCAAAGAAAAACUUAACCUGAAUAUCAGAACCAAAUAUGGGGAGACUCCAUUGCACGCCCUGUUUAAUAAUGUAGAAAAUUCCAAUCAUUCUACUCGCUAUGAUAGCCCUUGCCUUAAAAUAUCUAACACUGAUGAUAACUUGUCCCGCUCAGAACUUUCCGAGUCUCACAUUGCACAUUUAUACUCCAUACCAUUUUUCCAAAGCAUAAUCAAGGAAUUCAAGAUACAUAACACAUGUUUAAAUGAAAAGCAUUUCGACGCCCCACUGUUAACCUUGUUCGAUGCAUCGUUUAUUUACAUUGUGCGGAGGUAUUACGAAAAUCUUAGAAGCCUAUUUGAAACAACGUCCAAUAAACCUAAAUCUCUUGAUGACUCUGGCGACAUGUUCGAUGUAGACAUAUUUUUGAAUCUCGCGGAUCUGAAAGAGUUCCAAACUAUGCUUAAAUUGAGCAUGGUUCUCAACCUGGAACCGCUCUUGGUGAAGUUUUUUUACGCUACCUCUCCCAGCAACACUCAUCCCGUAAAUAUGUCGCUCAUCCAUAAUAUGCGUCUAUGGUUCACGGGGGUAGACGUGGAUUGUCAGGAUAAUUUGGGCCAUACCCCCCUUCACAAGGCCGUGACCAAUAAUCAAUUUCUUUGCGCUGAAUACUUGAUAAGAUUAGGAAAUUGUUCCUCAGUCAUAAAGGACCGCUCGGGCUUAACGGCCAUUGAUCUAAUUCGUAUCAAGAUGGAUAAAAUGCUGAAUAUUGACAAUAUGAAUGUUACAAAUUUUUCCGAUUCUAACCCUCAAGAAGAUGCUAGCCGUAACUUAAGGUUGAAGCACAUUUUGGCUGACCGCUGCCGCCGUUUAUUAAAGCUGAUCCAAUGCUAUAAUUAUUGGCAUAUUAUUGAGGGAAAGGUUAGGAGAGUGCCGUCCUUGAAGUUUUUGUGUCGUCACACGCUUAGAACAUAUCUGGGUGCCCAUGCCGACACCGUUUUAUCGUGGAAGAUUGGCACUCCGAGAAGUCUUAAAGUCGCGAUCGAUACAAUGUCUUCACCUUAUCACCAACAACUUUACUCAUACCUAUAUAAUUUUGUGAGCCAUUAUUUAGUAACGGGGCUCAGAGACUACCUUUUAUGCCAUGAAGAUGAUCUUCCAUCAUAGAAAAAGCCUCAUUAUUAUAAUCGAUUGUGUUGUGCAUUGAGAUAUUCAGUGUUUUUUGUUUCAAAAAACUCGUCACUUUUCCUGGCGAUGGGGAAAUGUGUAGAUUUGUUUUUUAAAAAAAAUUUAAUAACCAAAAUGAAUUUAUUUUAGAAAUGUAGUCAUAUUUUUCGAUCACCGAGAUUAAGUUCAUAAUUUUAAAUUUUCCUCGUUGAUAUAUUGACGAAUUUUUUAUUUUAAAAUAAAAUCAACUAAAUAUAAUUAUAUUUAAAUUCCUCUUACGUUUUAAUGCAAUUUUUUUUUUAAAAAAAAAAAUCCAAAAAAUAAAGAAUUAAAUCAUUAAAUUUUAUAAAAUAUUUUUUUAAUAUAUUAAAAAUUUAUAUUUUAAAGACAUUUUUAUUAUAUCAUAUUAUUUUAUUUUUUAUCAAUAUACUGAUAGAAAAUAAUAAAAAAAAAGAAA